AUGGCAGCCGUGCUGCUGUUGCUGCACUGGCUGACCAGUUCAAUGGCGUGCGCAGCAGCGCCCCUUCUGCUGUCUGUACAGCCCCCCAUUCGGUCCUUGCCUCCUCCUGCCGGCAUUACUGCUAUCACUCAUUUUGCUGAAUACUCUGGGGGGGCCGCGCUGUCAUUCCUUCUCUACAGCAGCCCCACGGCUUCCAGCAGGGCAACCCCCUGUCCCCCCAGCAGCCUAUACAGGGCCCCGUCCGCGCGGCUUGAGCGGCACUGCAGCAACACACAGCUGUUUGCAUGCAGGCCGCGUCCUAAGAAGGAGAAGGCAAGGCGAAAUUACCGCAUUGCAAUGCAACAGAAACAAAAGCGCGAAGAACGGCAGCUGCGCCGCCGCCAGCAGCUGGAGAUAUUCAAGGCGCAUCAACGGUUGUUGUUGGCUUCAGAAGGAGGUACGGACUCAAGCAGCGACGAAGAAAAGCACCAAAAACAAAGACAAGCAACAGCGAGCUUGUUCAGUAUAGACGGGCCUCUCUUGGGGGGCGGUGAUGCAGUAAGAAACAACACCAAUAACAACAACAGCAGCAUUAAAGGCAUUCCUCAGUAUCCUCUCGCCGCUCGCAUCAACUAUAGGCUGGUAGGGGGCACCUGGAGACGAGCGAAGGGACAGGCGAAGUAUGUGAAACUUUCGGGGGCUGAGCUAGCCGCUGCUGUCUUUGCUGGGCUGCCUGAAGAAGAAGUAGCAGCGGCUGUAGCGAAGGCAAAACGCCAAGAUGAGGGGUUUAUGGACUUAGAGGCGUAUGAUGAAUCCGGCACACAACACACCACUCUGGAGGGCCUCAACUAA